AUGCCGAGCUUUGUGCCAGUGUUGGAUCCGGAGAAGGCGAGGUUCGAGCAAGAUGAAGAAUCGCUUCGCAAGCACCGUCAGUUUGACACGCCGUUCGCGUUGCUUCCGAAGGAUUUGAAUAACCCGAAAGAGAAGAAGGGCGAUUUGAAUCCGAUUGCCAGACGGUCAGAAGAGCUGUACCAGGACGAAAAUAAGCUUUGGAAGAAGAAGCGUGAGGUUUUCGACAAGCAGCAAACUUGGGGAAAAGAAACAGGUGUUUGGUCGAAUCCAGAGCAGACCCGUGACGAAGACAAACGAAAGUACAAGCCCGGCGAAGUGUUUUGGGGUGCCAAAGGCACUUUCGGUGGAAAACAGGAGGACAGCGGGCUCCUUACUCUACAGCGUGGCGAAGUGGACCAGUCCUUGGAGCUGAAUGAGAAGGGCCUGUGGGUCCGCAAGAAAAAGGCCACCGAGGAAGGCCCCGGUCUCUCUGAGAGUGCCAAGCAGCUUCUGAAGGCGCCGAAGAACGGCGAGGACCCACGUUUGGAGGCUGCGAAGCCGCGAGGCCGUGGUACUGCAGAUGCAUCGGAAAAGGCCUUGGAGGCAACGAUCUUUGACUUGCCCUGCAGGAGCGCCGGCGAUUGGAGCGCAAAGUCGCUGAUGAGUGCCGUCCCUGGCUGCACUUGUCGGUUUGACUCCUUGGCACUUUGCUUGGAAAAGGCGAUUCGUGCUGCCUAUGCCUGUGGCUCUUUCGCCACCUCACAGUCACAGGAAGCUUCUAUCAAGGACCAACAGUCAACCGCAUACGUCAGCAGCGUUCUAAGCAUUUCAGAACCGUUUCGUGCACGGUUUUAUUCGUGCGCCAUGAGCACAGCCGGCACGGCCGGCACGGCUGGCACAGCCCUCAGAGGGCCCCCCGUGGGCUCUGUCCAGGCUGUCCCUCGCACCUCGAGCCGCGGCCGCAGUGGCAGUGGCCGCAAUGGCCUCAGUGGCUGCCGUGUGGACAUUCGGAGCACAGCGGCUGCAGUUGGCCGUGCCAUGGUCGGGGCUCGGACCCCUAGCAAAGGGCGAGACGGAGCUCUUUGGACCAAAGCGUGUUCUGGCGACAGCUUGGAGGACCUCCUGAGUGAAAAGGCCGUGCCAAGCAAGCCCAAGCUGAAUGGCUACUCUGCAGCCCAGACGGCCAGUCGCGGCUUGGACUUCGAUGAGGAGGCCAAAAAACUCUGGGCUCGCCUCAACUUGGAUCCGUCAGUUAUCUCAAGUGGACCCUACAAUGCAAUGGAUGCGCUGUGGCAGCAUCCCGAAACGCGAGCUGUCUUCUAUGUCGGCAACCAGACUGCGGCUUCAAACCUUUCCUUACUUCACAAGAACGGUGUGACACAUGUUGUCAAUUGCACGGACAACAUGCCGAACUACCAUGAAAACACCCCGAGCAGCUUCAUCAAGUACUACAGAUUCGACAUCUCCAGCUUCCAUCGGCUGGUCAAGACGGAUGCCGACGCAGCACGCUUUGUUCAGCCGAUGCUGGAUUGGGUUAGCGCCGCCCUGGCCAGCGGAAAGAAUGUGAUGGUCCACUGUCUGGCUGGUGCACAUCGCGCGGGCACCACCGGCUGCAUUUGCUUGAUGCACUUUGCGGGGCUCAGCGCCAAAGAAGCAGUUCCUGCUGCAAAGCGCUGUCGCCCGAUCAUAGACCCCAUUGGUGAUUUUCCAGAACUGCUGGCCAAGCUGGAGCGUAGCUGGAGACGCCUCAGGCUCGGCAUGACCAACACGGGCAAGAAGCCUGGAAACACCGGGCCUGUGACGACACUGAACAACAGCUCCCAGCAGUGUCGGCCAAGCAAGAGACAUGCCGGCAUGAAGAGAUGGCAGGGUGUGCAACGAACAGAUGAAGAGGCCAAGGAGAUUGUGGAAAAGGCUUUGGGCUCCUGCGCGGUGGGUGGGGCAUCAUCAGCUCCGGUUCGGAUGGAGCCUUCCACCACAGCUAAGAGGAACCGAAGCCCAUCUCCCGUUGUCGCUCCCAGCAGCCCCUCGGAUGCUGAGCCUGACGGCAAAUUUGAAGCCGCCUGGAUGGACUCGGGCGAUGAGCGUGAGGCCGCCAAGCUGAACGAAAAGCCCUCAGGAGGUGACGUCGUGGUCGAUUUCUUCUGA